AAGGCUUUGCUCGUCAAUGGGCUAUUUAUAUCCUGCUCUUAAAGUUGUGUUAAAAGCAGGAUGCAAAGGGAUAUGCGUCAAUAUCCGGCUGUUUUUCAUUAUCGCCGGAUCCCCAAGAAAAUGCUGUGCCUUUCCGUAAACCAACGCAAUGACUCGUGCUGUCGCAUCAUUUUAAAAAAGUUGUCCACGGUUGUCGUUAGGAAUAGAUUUUUAUAUCAUUCCCAUCCUUUUUAUACAGAGGAUAUCUCCAAUGACAACAGAUGCAUGCCUGAGAUUUCGGGACAACUUUUGGGCGGAUGACGGCCGAGGGUUCUCGGUACUCAACAACAAGUUGGCGUCGAGCAUAGAAUGUACAAAGGAGCUGGCUGAGAUGUUGAGCGUGAGGGCAUGUUUUGAAGAAGAAUAUGCAAAAAGUAUGGCAAACAUGCUAAAGGCCUGCUGUAAUAAACAUGACUCUGGAUCAGUACGAAUCGCUGGUGAACGCAUUACCCACCUGAGCAACGUGAUCGUCAAUUCGCACUCACAGCUUGCGUUCAAAAUUCGAACUGAUAUAGAGCCCCCCGUCCUUGCCUUUCGCCAAGUGCAAAAACGUUUGAAGAAAACUGCCGAGGCAGAGUUUGAAAAGUUUACGAAAGCUCUGGAUAAAAAUAUGGCGAAUGUUCAGAAAGCGAGCAACAUCUACGCAGCAAAGUGCAGAGAGUUGAUUCAAGCAAACGAAAAAGCUUCCAACAAUGGAGGAAAGGAUCGCACUCAAGACAAGGCAGUUCACUGCAGGAUCGAGAUGGAACAGGCUGAAGCGGAAUAUAAAGCUGCUAUCGCACGAUUGGACAAAAUGCAAGACUCUUGGGAAGAGAAAAUGCGCGAAAUAGCAGAUCAAAUUGAAAAAUCCGAGCAAGAUCGAAUCGAGAUUACAAAGCAGACGCUUCGUUCCCUGACAGAUAUCCAGUUUGAAUUGUUUGCCUUUGCCGCGAACCGUGCAAUGGACGGCAUGCGUCGGGCCGUUGACCUGAUUGAUCCAGCGGCAGACAAUGAUAACUUUGUUGUGUCUUGCCGGACUGGCAGUGAACCGCCAGCCCGCGUGAAAUUUCAAAGCUAUUUUUCGGCAGCUAACAACACCGAUGGCAACAAGACUGUGCUCCUGCGGGUGAAGAGCUCCGAAGCGUUGAGAUCACCUAGCCGAGCAGAAUCAGCUGAAUCACUACCACUCACAGCGUCAGACAGAUCAAACCCCGCGAUGGAGCAACAGUUGGCGCAACUUCAAGUACAAAAUGGACAGCUCUUGCGAGAGUUGGCCGAGUUAUCCGAGAAGAGUGGUACACUCUCUAGAUCUAAUACAUCCUCGCUCACCUUUGCCCGACGAGCCAAGCAACAAGUUCUUACAAUGCUGAACGAUGCCACGCGGACCAAGGGCAGAGUUUACCAGCACCGUUCUGCUAACGACAUCAGGACUAUAUUUGGUGAAACAACAACUAAGGGACGCGAGCGCCGCGAAAGUGAAGAUUAUGUGGAAGAGUUCGCUUUCCCGAAUACUCCUGCGCCAUCGCCCGCAGCACAUACUGGUAUGCUCCGCGCAUCGUCAACAGGAGUUCUGACAAAUGUUCGGCAAACGUCAAACGAGUCCAUGCUCCAAACUAUAUUCCCGAAAGAAGGAGAAGGAAUGCCUCCUGCUACUUUGGUAAAAGUCAACCCCCUUGUUGAUCAACAGAUUGAAGAAUGCGUACAAAGGAAUGGAGGUCAGGAUGGAGACAGUGCCGAAGGAACGUUUUUGCCUGCGUCAGCCUUUACACCGCUUCUUGCUGUAGACGUAAUGCAUGGACUUGGGCUUCAGCAGCACGAUGACGCUGAACCCGUUACAAAAUCCCAGGAAGACAGUUCUUCAUCCGCUCGUCCAUUGGUUAGUCCCCUGCCAAAUCUCAGAAGCGUCUCGAUCCGGCGACCAAACAUACGACCAUUAUCUGUGAGCGGCAAGAUUGCUGGAACUGCGAGGUCGGCCAGCUCCAUUGCACCGCUGGAAAUGGGUGUUGAGGUGUCCCUGCUUGGUGCAUUUGAUCAUGAAAUUGCGAGGCACUCUCGCACGCCGUCUCAAAACACUGCAGCUAGUGACCUCGACUUUCCCAGACAUGUGAGAACCUCUUCUCAACAAUCUGGUGCUAGUGACCUCGAUAUUCAAAGGCAUACAAGAACGCCUUCUCAACUCACUGGCAGUGAUAUCGAAGUUUCAAAGCACACGAGAACGCCCUCCCAGAACAGCCGCCACAGCAUCGAUGUUCCAACUUCUCCAUCGUCAUCGACAGCCAGAUCCGUGCCAUGGAUAGCGCCUACCACUGUUCGUCAGCAUGCUCCUACACCUCCCUAUCUCCUCCUCUCCGCGCCCGUUGAAGGUUCACACGCACCGCUCCCAUACACGUUCCAACGAGCUGGCCCAUCAUCAGCGCCCAUCCCUUCCUCAACUCCCCUUCUCCCACCCUCUUCAUCCCCACCCCAACAACUACCCGCCGCUCCUCUUCCACUGAUCCCAAAGCUCACUACGGACCAGAUCAAACACGCGUCUCACCUUUUUCUUUACGACGACAUUCUCAGCAUCUGGACUAGAAGAUGGUGUGUGGCUGAAGGCGGGCUCUUGUGGGUGUUUGAUCAGCAAGAUCAAGCCCAGUCGGACAGCAAACCACGGAGUACCAUUAAUCUGAAAAAAGCAGAGGUGGUAUCUGCCGAGGCAGGAACAGAACCUCUGGAGGGAAAGGAAUACGUUUUUACAGUAUUGACCAGUGACCCAAAGCGGAAACUGGUUCUCAAAGCUGAAAAUCAGGAAGAUUUGAGGAAAUGGAUGGAGGCCGUCGACGGAUUUCAAUAAUGCAAAAUCUAUCCAUUGAUUUUUUUGGGCCAAUUAUUAUUCGUAUAGACGUUAAUUUACUGGUCUUUGUACAUGGUAGAAUAGCUUAAUUGACAAUACUUUAUUCCCG